GAAGACGGAAGCAGAUCGGUCGCGGUUUGUGAGUGAUUCAAUUACAACAAAUUGUGUGUUACCAAAUAAAUUAAACAUACGUUUUAAUCAGUAUUUAGGCUAGAUAGUAACAUUGUGCAACAAGCGUUAUACAGUAUCACAGAUCAGUCACAUAAGAUAGUUUCUGGAUAUUUUUCGGACAGUGAAGAGCGCAUGCCUCCAUGGCCACAAGGUGUUUCUGUCCAGGUGGAGCAUCUGAAAAUUAGCCAUCUUCACUGUUGCAAUCAGAACUGAGGUGAUCUGCGGAAGUCCAUAUGUCGUCAUAAUUUACCUGCUUAUUCUGUCAAUGGUUAUAGUAGGUACCAUGUCAGACUUCACCAUCGAUAUCCAGCUGACAGAACUAGGGUUCCCUGACAUCUUGCAGCCCAGAGAAACAACCUGUGUGAAGGAGACACCAUCGCCUUCGGCCUCUAACAAUAUCUCCCCUGGAUCCCUGGCUAACCUCCAAACCCCCAGUUCCUCACUGCCUCCUGCUGCACUCACCCCCACAGCUGUGGACCCAGAACUGGUCAGUGUAGAUCAGCUGGUUUCUGUAGACUCACAGACUGCUUCUACAGUUCAGCAGGUUGCCUCACAGACUGUCCCUCACAUUACAGUAACCCCAAAUCCCUCUGGGCCCCCUGAGACACUGACAAUACUCUGCCCACCCCCUCCUUCUACACACAAACCCGUGGCAGUGCCACACACGUCACGGCCUGUUAGUCCCAUAUUGCUACCCAAGAGUUUAGUAAGUGGUCAAAGCAAUAGCCUUCACCAAAACCCCAAAAUAACUAAAACUGUCCUGAUAUCUGUGUCUCGUGUUGGAGCUGGUACUGUGUUGACUACUGUACCAGCUACUUCCACUCCCCCUGUUGAACACUUAAGAACCAUUAAGAAUGAUUCCGAGCUGCCGCUGGCAGACCAGACUGCAAUGUUUCAGACCACUCCAAAACCUGUAAACACAGGGAAGCUAGGAAGGGCGGUCACUGAUAAAGCUGAGGAAGAAGAACCUGGUGAAAAAAUUGGAGGGAAAGGUGUUUUCGAUGAUGGGAAAGUGCAAGGACCGAAAGAGAAAGUAGCAGAAGUUGCAAAGAGUUUAGAGGAGGAUUCUGAGGAAACGGAUGACAGUGAGGUUUCUGAGAAUGAGGAUGAUGACGAAGAGGAAGAGGAGGAGGAGGAACUGGACCCAGAAGCAGAGCCUGGAGGUUCAGGCGAACACCGCUGUAGCGUCUGUGACCUCGUCCUUUCCUCCAGCUUCCAGCUCCAGGAGCACAUGAACCUGCACACAGGGGCACGCCCCUACUGCUGUGCCGAGUGUGGCAAGCGCUUCUGUCAGCUGGCCAACUACCGCUCCCACCUGCGGACGCACGCCCAGCCCCAGACCUCAGUCCCACCCGUACAGCUUCGCUGCCGUGUUUGCCUGAAGGGCUUCGAUUCUGAGCAGGGUUUGAAGGACCACCUAGCCAAGUCCCACUUUGAGAAGGAGUUCUAUGAGUGUGACGCAUGCAAGCGCAUCUUCACCUGCCUGACCAAGUGUGAGGAGCACCUGGAGGAGCACAAGCGCGAGCUGGCGGACCACGUGUGUCUGCAGUGCUGCCGCCGCUUCCGCCUGCGCCGCUCUCUCCGCCGCCACAAGGAGCGGGGCUGUGUCCGCAGCUAUCGCUGCACKGACUGCCCCAUGAACUUCAGCCGCAAGAAUGCCCUCCUCAAGCACAGCUUCUCCCACCUGGGCCUGCUGCCUUACACCUGCAUCCAGUGCCGCGCACAUUUCCGCCUGGCCAGGCUCUAUCGUAAGCACGAGUGUGAGCCGGAGCGGCUCCACUGCGUGGCAUGCCUGGGCGUCUUCCAGAGCCACAACGACUUCCAGAGGCACAAGAGGGAGACGGGCUGCUGGGGCCAGCAGGGGACCAAGGGGGAUGAGAUCCGCUGUAUGGAGUGUGGCCAGGCCUUCUCCACGGCUGACGAGCUGAAGAAUCACGCCGGGGCCCACCAGAGGGUGAUGACCUGUUCCGAGUGCGGCAAGGGCUUCCGCUCGGCCUUGAUGCUGAUGUCACACAUGGGGGGCCACGCAGGGUCGAGGCCCUGUCUGUGUAAGAACUGCGGCCUGGGCUUCCCUCACCAGCAGGGUUACGAGAGCCACCUCAAGGACUGUGGACGCAAACCCCCUCCUGUGAUGGCUCCAAAGAAACCACGGAAGGACCCCCCUGCUGCUCCUUCCAAACCCCUACCCCAGCUCGCUCCAAGGCAUCUCCCUGCUCCUGUGAAGAAACCAGAGAGACAAGUGUCAGCACCACUUCCUACUUUGAUAAGAAUGCCAGGCUCUGCCCCUGCCAGAGUCACUAUGGGAGUCCAUAACACCACUACUGUCCGCGUGGUGAGCCCUGACCAACCCACUAAGGGGCUGUGGAAGCUCAGCCUGGACAAACAGCCGCCUCCUGGGGUGUCCUUGGUCAUGUUUGUCCCUGCCAACACCCCUCUGGCCUCUGGCCUCUCUGGCCCAUCCUCCACCCCCCAGCUUCCAGCCCUCUCAGGCACCCAGCCCCAGUGGAAGGUACUCAACCCAGCACCAAAUCCAGGGGCCCCUCCUCCGGUGCUGUGCCAGUCCAGGUUUACCUCUGAGCCGGGUCUGAGCCUCAUUGCAGGGGCAAACCGGCGCUACUCCUCUGAUGCCCCGCUGGAUCUGGCUUUAAAGACAGUUGACUACGAACAGGAGCCUGCUAAUAUACUACCUCUUGAUCUGUCUAACAAGUCGACUUGCUCCACUCCUCCUGCUAACCUUGUAGUCAAGACUGAACCGAGAGACCCUGGGUUUGCAGAGGAGACUGAGGAAGAAGUAUUCACAAGUUUAACAGGUGAUAAAAAGGGGAUAGUCUUUCAGAGUAAGAGGGAGCCAGGGGGAUCGCUAAAAUGGAGGCUAUGGCUCAGAAGGGGGAAAUGGAGAAGGAGUGGAGAUGAAGACAGGCAAAAUGACAGUAGAGAUGAUGGAACAGCUCAGUCUCAAAUGAAGAAGGCAACAAAGCCGGGAGUCCCGUCAACACCCAGCUCCUGA